AUGGAGGUGAGCAAGCUCGAGCGGUAUGUGUACGGCUUAAAGAAGGAGAUUAAGCGCUGGGAACAUAGUUUUCAGUCGCAGAAUGGGAAAACCCCCACUACAGAGGUGAUCAAGUCGAACCCUGCCAUUUCCGCGCGGUACAAGAAGUACAACAAGUAUAAGAAGAUUCUUACAAAGCUGCAGUCUGGCGUGCUGACGGUGGAGCAAUGGAAACAGCAGGAACAGCCAGAGACUAAGAAAGAGCCGAACAGUGCGGCAGUGCCCCAUUCGCCCCCGCUGUCGUCUCCUGACAGCGAGAGAGAGAUCGGGCCCACACCGCAGCUCGAUGGCCGAGUUUUGGGUAUAUUUGACAUCGAGAUCAAAGAGUCCCCCACCAAACAAACCCCCACCAAACAGCAAGUUCCAUUUGUCAGGGUGGAGAGCCCCGAUACGUUCAAAACCCCCACCAAACCAGUCGAGCGGAAGCUACUUUUUGGCGAGACUCCACGAACACAAAGACGAGCCACCGUGGAGGAGACCCCACAAUACCUGCGCACAGAGUCGUAUAACUCGGGCGAGAUGCUGUUUGGGUUUUCCACUCCCGAGAAACGUCCCGCAGACCAGAACGAUAUUUCGCCGAGCAAAGUCGUUGAACCUAGUCCGGUAAUUCGCCGGUUGGGUAGCCGGUCGCUCUAUGAGCUGAACCAGGAGGCAUUGGAGCUACAACGGCAGCACACUGUAGAGAUCGAGGAAGAGGAUCCUGAAGACGCCACCGAAGAAGUUCAGGAGCCCGAGGAGGCGGUGCUUGUGCGCAAAAAGACCGCCAAACGGACAACCAGACGCGUCAAGCUCAAGACGCUUGGCCCCGAAAAUACAGAAGACGAGCUGGGCUCUGUCGACCUCCAAUUUGAGAUUAAGCGGCUGCGCGAGCACAAAGAUGAUCGGGUCAGCGAAUCUGAGUCAAGUGAGGAAGAGGAGGAAGAGGAAGAAGAGGAUUAUAUCCGCAAGAAAGUUCAACCCACCGACAAGAAGUCUACUGGAAAACAUCCGCUGUCUAACAACUUUGUGCGCAUGAAAAUCCACCGCAAAAACAGAGGCCGUUUCAGACGAAGAUAG